AUGGGCUCCAACGACAUUCCUCCCCCUCACAUACCCUCUCACGUAGUCCCCAUCAGCAACCUCCUCCUCCAAAUCGGCGGCGUCCUCUGGACAAUCUGCUACAUUCUCUACGUGCAAGAAUCCUUCCGCUCCAAAUCCUACGGCAUGCCACUCUUUGCUCUCGCGUUGAAUUUCGCCUGGGAAGUCGUCUAUGCGUUUUACGUGGCGGAAUCGCUGCUUGAGRAGUGCGUCUUUGUUAUUUGGUUGGGGAUUGAUUGUGGGAUGGUUGUGGGCAUGUUGCGGCAUGCGAGGUUUGAGUGGCGGCGCUCAUCACCGUGGGUGGCGCGGAAUAUGGUUGUGAUUCUGGGAGGUAUGAUUGUUGUUUGUGUAGUAGGGCAUUGGACUUUUGCUAAGUGGUGGAUUGAUAAUGAUAUUGGGAGGCGUGAGGGCAAGUUUUAUAAGGGGGUUGUGGGGCCUGAUACGACGGAGUUGGGGUUUUGGAGUGCUGCUGUUUGUCAGUUGAAUUUGUCGGUGGCGAGUCUAUGUCAGAUUUUGGUGAGGCAGCAUUCUGGGGGUGUAAAUUGGAGUAUUUGGGCGACUAGGACUCUGGGCUCCAUCAUUGGUUUGUAUUUGAACUAUGCUUGGGGAUGGUACUUUUGGACGGAGGCUCACGAGUACUUUGUGUCGCCAUUUGCCAUGUUCUUGUGGGUCACAAGUCUUGUUUGCGAUGUCGUAUAUGGCUACGUCUUGUGGCAUGUUCAGAAGACGGAGAAGGUCUUGGAGGACGGGAGAAAGGUGGAUGGCAAUGCCAUGGCGUGGCACGACUCCAAAUGCGAAUGA